GAAGUAUUUUAUUAGCAUUUAAUCAUGUGACUUGAUAAGAAAUGAUCUCUUGAACAGUGGUGUGCAGAGAUGGGGCUUUACUUUGUUUUAAUUUUGUCAGUAUUUACUUUAUGCAAUGUUUAUGCAGCAAAUUAUUUAGGACCUACGGAUGAAUCAAUUAAAAAUAAGAUUAAAAGAGGAGACUUAGCAGAAGGAUUCGUUGAAGAAAUAGAGCCUACACCACCAAACAAGAGAAACAAUGAUUACGAGGAAAUAAAAAAACAAUUAACAAAACCAGGUCGUAACAUAAGGCCUCUGAAUGAAAAAUUUGGUAAAUCUUUAAAGGUUUCAAAACAAAACGUUCCAGAAUCUGAUAGCUCUUUUGAAGAACAAAAACCCGAGGUGUCUGUACCACCACCAUUGUCAUCCCAAGGAAGAGCAAAGCGAGAAUCAGAUGAUCAAAUUCUUGUCGAGUUCGAAGAAGAAAAAGAAUAUGAAGAAAUGAUACAAAGAGGGGACGAAAACGAUGAAAACAAUUCUGAAAUUGAAAUGGUUGAUGGAGUAAAUGAUAAACCUGAACCAAACUGUAUUGAACCGAGAAACACUGGACCGUGUCGUGCAUCAAUCCCUAGAUACUUCUUCAACAAACAAUCCAAAAACUGUGAAAUGUUUACAUAUGGUGGUUGUCGUGGAAACGGAAACAAUUUUGAGACAAAAGAAAACUGUGAACAUCUUUGCAAAUCUAAUGAAAAUGACGACAGUAUGUCGAAUUCCACAUAAUUAUUUUAAAUGUUUUAUUGAAUUUAUUCGGUGAAAUGGGUACAUCAUUCCACAGACAAAAGACAAAAUUUGAGUGAAUUUAGUUUAGUGACAACACUGAAAACCGCUAGUGCUAUGAUGAUUAUCUGCAUUUAAUGUUAGCUGUAUGAAAACAGAACUAUGCAAUGUAUAUAUGAGACAAAAAUGAAAAAUAAGAGAGAGUAUAGUCUGUUUAUUUAGCUCAAUUUUAGUUCAGAUAAGACAAUUAUUCAAACUAAACAAUGUGGACAACAGUCCAAUAAUUUCCUUCUUGCCAUUCAUAUUUAAAUUAAUGUCAAAAUAUCAAAUCAAUUAAAUUUGAUUUGAUUUAGAAAAUAUGUAUUAAUAUGUAUAUAUAUAUAUAUAUAUACAUAUAUAUAUAUACAAUCAAAUUUUCACAAAGCAUUUGUAUAGUGAAACACACAUAUUUGCUAUAAAAUAUAUUUUUUGUAGAAAUGCUAUGCAUGGUGCUCAAUUGAUGACGUCAAACUUGGUUAUAAACACAUUUAAUUGUUUUUUUUUAUUAUCAGGCCAGUUUUCAAUUGAUAUAGACCGUUAUACCCUUUAUACCCAGGACCAGCUUCUGCAUUUGAAGGAUGAUAUCAAAUGUAGUUAUUAUUCUAAUGAACGUAUGACUUAAAUACUGCUUGUUUAAACAGUAUUUACAUCUUAUUUUCAUACUUUAAUGAACUACAGUUCUGUUGAUAUAAUACAUUUGGUUUUUUCCAUGAACGACACAUUAAAUGUCACAUGAAUGUACAACUAUGGUCAUAUAAUAAUUCAUUUAACUCUGACAAUUUGUUUAUUCUUAAUCAAGAAAUCAUUAUCUGCAAGACACACAUACAGACACAAAUAAAACACACUUAAAAGUUGGUCAGAAAAGGACAAAGAUUUUAUUUAAAAUUAGGAACGUGCAUGUUCAAGUGUAAUGUUAUUUUACCAGAAAUAUUUAUGUUAAAAAAAAUGUGAUUAUUCUGUUGUCUGUUAAUGAUUUUAUGAAAAUUAAUUGUUGUUAUUGUUAUUACUUGUGUCGUUGAAAUGAAAUUUUCUAAAUAAAAAAUUGUUGUUUA